AUGGAUCGCAGCCUGCAGUCCCUCUUCUUCUACGAGGCCUUUCUCUACUACAACCCGCUCCUCAUGAUCGCGCUGAUGGUGUGGCUGUGGGGCAUCAACCUGUACGGGCUGGCGCACUCGCGGGUCAGCUACGCCAAGGUCUUUGACCUGGACCACAACCACCUCACGCACACGCAAAUAUGGCAGGUGUCAGCAGCGCUCUCCCUGGCAGUGCUCUCUUCCAUGACGGCCUACAUGUUCCUCUUCUCCCACGGACUCAUCAACCUCGCUGCAACGCAACCCGUACUAAUGUACUGUUCUCUGCCCCUCACUCUCGCCCUGCCCUUUGAUGUGCUCUACGCCCCCUCUCGCGUCUACUUCCUUACAACUCUCUUCCGACUCACCUUCCCCUUACAACCAAUCACGUUUGCAGAUUUCUUUGUGGCUGAUGUGCUCACGUCCAUGGCUAAGGUCUUAUCCGAUGUGGAGCGGUCUAUCUGCCGCAUGUCACAUGGCCAGGUGGCGAGUAUAGCAUGGAUGGACGCAGGGGACGUGUGUGGCAGCCACUCCAUCAUGAUCCCCAUCGUGCUCGCCUUCCCCUACGCCUGCCGCUUCUUCCAGUGCCUGCGCCAAUACUCUGACACGCGCGACAAGUCCUGUCUAUUCAACGCUCUCAAGUAUUCCACAGCAUUCCCGGUGAUCAUCCUGUCAGCCACCAAGUACCAUGUGCCUGUGGAGCGGUGGAGAGCGGUGUACCGCCCACUGUGGCUCAUUGCCUCUGUGGUCAACUCCUGCUACUCCUACUACUGGGAUAUAUCAAGAGAUUGGGACUUCGGGUGCUUUUCUGGUAAUUGCAACGCGCGAAACCCUCUCCUCCGCAACAACCUUUACUUCCCACAAAGAUGGGUAUACUACUGGGUUAUGUGCUCCAACCUUGUGCUUCGCAUCUCGUGGACAUACAAGCUUUCAUCUCAUCUUCGUAACAACCUCGCCACAACUUUUGUGGUCACAGCACUGGAGAUGGCUCGGCGGUUUCAGUGGGUAUUUUUCAGAGUAGAAAAUGAAUGGAACAAGAUGACGAUGCGCGCUGCUGCAUCGGCUGAAGACUUGAAGGACUUAGCGGCUUCCGAGGAUCAUGGUGAUGACAGACCGCUGCUUACAGUUACAGGGGGCAAGGACUCUCCACGAGAAGUCUAA